AUGAAAUUUUUCAAAGCAGAAGACUUUGAUCUGAAAAAUUAUUUCAAAGAAUCGUAUGGUUCAGUAGAUUUUUUAAUCGCUCGAGCCAAGAAGGGUGAAGUAUCCUGCCAAAUUCACCUUGGUACCGCUUAUUCUAGAGGUAUCGAAGGAUUCGUGGAGAAGGACACUGAGAAAGCUAUUGGCUGGCUAGACACAGCUGUCCAAAAUGGUUGCACUCUUUCCUCGGUAAUGCAAGAACUUGGUCAAUUGCUGGUUUCACAGGAGAGCCACAUAACCAGCGAAAAGCGUACGAUUUGUAUCACAAGGCAGCGCGUCUGGGAAGUACACCUGCGCAGCUUAAUUUGGCUGAAAUGUAUCGAUGUGAAGUUGAAGGAGUGGUGA